AAAAGUUAGAACUCCUCUUAACCUCAAAGGCAUCGGUAGACAUGUUUCACGUGUGGAAACUCCUGAUUCUAAUAGGCAUUUCAUGUCGAACCCUGUACGCUGUGUAUGAGGAUGAGGAGGAACCGAAUUGCUUUACCCUGACUGACGAAACUUGUCCCAAUGAAAACAUCACCUUCUGGUUCUACACAAAUACUAUACUGGAAGGAAGACAAUUGUGGAUGCAUAACUUAAGCGAUGCAGGAUUUCUUCCCCGAAAACCGCUAAAGGUGCUACUCCACGGAUUUCAUGGUAACCGCGACAAAUUGCCUAACAACAAGCUGCGCCUCCUACUAACCUCUCAGAACUAUCAUGUGAUCUCACCGGACUUUCGGAACCUGUCCGUGGAACCCUGCUACUCGCAGGCAGUGGACAAUGCCAAGUAUGUGGGCCGAUGCCUGGCCCACUUGCUGACGCAGCUCGUCCAGGAUCGCCUGAUAUUCGAAGAGGAUCUGCAUUUGAUUGCUUUCGGCUUGGGUGCCCAUAUCGCUGGGUUUGCCGGAAACUUUAUGCCCGAAAACAUACCGCUGCAGCGCAUCACAGCCCUCAAUCCGGCCAAGCCACUCUUUCUGGGAACCGAUAAUGCCGAUAAAUUGGAUUCCAGCGAUGCCAAAUUCGUGGAUGUCAUCCACACGGAUGUCCUGAUGCUUGGCCUUUUAAAUGCCGUGGGUCAUGUGGAUUUUUACGUGAAUAUGGGCAUCAGUCAGCCCAACUGCGGGGACAUAAGCACGAUAACUACCCACUACUGCUACCACAAUCGAGCUGUUGCAUACUAUGCGGAAUCCAUCACAACGCCCAAGGGGUUCUUUGGUUACCGCUGCCCCACCUACCGAAGUUUUCUAGAUGGAUUGUGCAAGCCCAGUAAUGAUGUGGAACAAAUGGGCUUCUACGUACGUUUGGGGGCCAGGGGCUUGUACUUUCUAGAGACUGAUUAUUUUGCACCGUAUGCAAUGGGAAGGAACCAUAUGAAUCUAAGCCAUGAAAUUAAAAAUCGAACUUAUAUACCCCCAGAUUUCUUAGAUGGUUUUUUGGACGAGAAAAAUCAGACUAGUUCAGAUACAGAUACUGAAGGAAUAAAUUCGAUAUAAAACUAUGA